AGGUGUGGGUGUGGGUGGGUGUGGAUGUGGGUGUGGGUGUGGGUGUGUGGGUGUGGGUGGGUGUGGGUGUGGGUGUGGGUGUGUGGGUGUCGGUGUGGCGUAAUAGAAGACCAACACUCACACCCACCCACACCCACACCCAGACCCACACCCACACCCUAAAUAUGAAAUCGUGAAUGAUCAGAAUGAUCGAAGCUUUUGUUUGGAAUACCAACAAUAAGCUAUUGAAAAUAGACAAGACUCAGGUAAAAAUCGAUCAGCAAAAAUAAUUAAAAAUCGGCGAACAUCGAAAGCAUAUAAUGAACUAAAAAUUGCUCAUAAUGAAAAACAAUAUAAAAAUCUGUUUUAUCGAUUUGAAAUCCAUUAUAAUUGGAAUUAAUCAGAGGAAUUAAUAGUAGAGUAGAUGCAGGUGUAAUAUUCGUUUGUUCUUUAGGGUAUAAGAUAAUGGAGAAAAAUCUCAUGAGGUCCAUUCAUUUCCAUUCGAAUGACCCAGAAUGAGAAUAAUUCUUUCGGUUUACCUUUUCCAUGUUAAAGAUAUUUUAUGAAUUAAAAAUAGUAUUCUUCUUGAUAUUGUAUAAACUAGUAGUGUUUCAUUUCGAACGUACAUUUGUUUUAUAGAUAUCUAGUAAAAUGAAACAUGUAUGUCAUGUAAUAUUAAUAUUGAAAAUUUUCCUCUAAAUAUUCUAAUAGAUCUUGUCUGUAUUAUACCAAAAACGUACGGAAUUCUUUCAGAAAAUUUUAUCAAUCGAUUAAUUUAAUUAAUCCAACAUCAGCAAUGUGGGUCGAUGAAGAUGAACAAACAAAAAGCAAUGAUGCAGCAAUAAACGAAAUAGAAACAGAAGAAAAUUCAUCUGAUGAAGAUAAAGAAAAAUGUCCACGUCGUACAGGAUGUUCGACUUGA